AAUAUCGACUACACAUUUGUCAUCAAAAAAUCCAAAAUCGAGGGAGAAAUUUAAAAUUAAUUUUGUAUUUAUUUAUUUAUUUUUAUCACGGUCUUUUAAUUAAAUCAAUUUCAUAAUUAAAAACAAAAACUCACGUGGCAAAGUCAAUUCAUCUCCCACCCAAUUAUCACAUUUCACCCACUUCCAUGCAAUGACAACACUUGAAGAACGCGACAUCAACGAUAUCUUUGACGAUAUCGCUUUAAUUGAAGAGAAACUAUCAAAAAAAAGCUACCAAGAAGGCUUCGAAGACGGUGUAAAAGAAGGUAACUUAGAAGGUUAUAAAAUAGGUUAUGCUCAAGGAGUUAGUUUGGGUGAAGAACUUGGAUCAUAUUACGGAACAGUAAUAGCCCACUUACAACUGCCACAUUCCGAACGUAUACGAAAAACAUUAGAACUGGUCAAAUCUGCAAUUGAGAAAUUCCCCCGGGCAAACGACCCAGAAGCUGACAUUGUUGGCGAAAUCCAACAAAUUCGCACUCAAUACAAGAAGCUAAAAGCUAUGCUAAGAUUGCCCACUGAAGAAACAUCAGUGGAACAAAAGGAUUUAUCAUUUUGA